CCGGCAAUGGGAUAUGGCUGCUGAGAAUCUCCAGACAUGGGCUACGGCCACCACAGCCUCUGUGACGCUGUUGGCCUUCAUAUCCGUCUGUUUGAGAAUCAUUUCUCGCCUCGAGCGAAAACAAAGACUAUGGUGGGAUGACUGGAUGAUCCUGUUCUCCAUGGCAUGGAAUCUGAUCGUCGUCGGCUUCAUAUUUGCCAUGAUCUCCGAAGGCAUGGGUGUCCACGCCGACAAUUUGCCUGCCUGGAGGAUUGUCAUGAUCGCUAAAUUCCUCCUUGUUGCGGAGAUUCUCUACGUCUAUAACCUCGUCUGGACCAAGCUCAGCAUUCUCCUGAUGUACUACCGCAUCUUCCACUUUACUUACUUCAAGAAAUGGGCCUACAUCAUUGGCACUUUUGUCAUUAUGUGGGUUAUCUGCAUCACAUUCCUUUUCGUCUUUAUCUGCGUCCCCGUGCAGAAGGUCUGGGAACCGAGUCUGCCGGGCCACUGCAUCAACCAGGUCGGAACCUGGGUCGCCAACGCAACCUCUACCAUCGCUACCGACCUCGUCAUCCUGUUUCUUCCUCUCCCUCAAGUCUGGAAACUCCAGCUCCGACUAUCCGAGAAAUUCGCCCUCACCAUCGCCUUCGGUUUGGGUUUCUUCGUGGUCUUCGCCUCAGCCUACCGCUUCACCGUCCUUUUCUCCUACACCUCCACCGAUUCAAGCUACACCCUCGCCCCGACCGUCGGAUGGACCGCGAUCGAGAUGUCCGCCGGGAUCGUCUCCGCCUGCCUCCCCACCGUCCGACCCGCCCUACAACUCGCCGUGCGCAAACUCGGAAUCCAAUCCGCCAUGCCAGCUUUCUUCCGCAGUCGAUCCUCCCCUCUUUCCAAGACCGACCCGACCCAGGUCCCCGUCGACAGCACAAACAGCACAGCCGGGAUAACAGCCAGCGCGAACCGGGCCCGCCGUCACUCGUUCUACCACCUUCCCGAUGACCUGGCGGUCGCAGACACCAUCAGCCCACAGAUCAAGCUCGAUACCGCGCUCCGACCGAAACAUGAUCGCGGGCUCACGGUGACGAAUAUCCGGGGCAAUCGGGAUAGGAUCAGCAGCGAUGAAGAGGAUGAGAUUCCAUUGCAUGGUAUUCGGGUGCAGAAGGACUUUACCCAGGAUGGGUAGGUAGUAGGCGUUUUACUUAUAACAAAUCAUCGUAUUCAUUGGGUUGGCUGGUUGGAAUUUGGGAGGCAGUUUUUCUUUUGUAUAUUGUGUCAUCUAGCAUCACCUGGGAGUUACUUUACUUCACACUGUAUG